AAUUUAUUAUAUUUUUAGGUUACGCCUGGAUCUGAAGAUAUCUUUUGUCAAAGACCAGUAAGGACCAAUCAUCCCCUCAAGCCAAAUUCAGACACCAUUUUCUUCUGAAAAAUAUCACCACAAAACAAAACCAAAUCAAAGAGGAAAAAAAAGCAAGAAAAGAGAUGGGAAGUUCAAGUGCUCUCAUCUCAAAUCUUCACCUGACUCAAACUCACUGUUUCAAAUGCUUAAAUUCAAGAACUUCUCUGAAUAUCAACCCAACAAGGCCAAAAUUGAAUCUUUCUAGCAGAAAAUACAUCAAAAAGUUCAGUAGACUUGUUUGUUCUGCUGUUGAAGAUUCCAUAGAGAAACAGAGAGAAAUUAGUGGAGCAAAUGCUAGUAGUCUUGGUUCAGCUGUUGAAGAUAGACCUGAUGUCGGUGAUGGCGCAAGCGAGGGUGUAUUUAAGAACGGUGAAUCAGAUAGUGAAGGGAGUGGUGUUUAUGAUUUCCUUUACCCUAGUAAAGAGCUCCUACCAGAUGAUAAAGAGAUGACUCUAUUUGAUCAUUUGGAGGAGUUGCGUCAGAGACUCUUUGUGUCUGUUUUGGCCGUUGGUGCUGCUAUAGUGGGAUGUUUUGCCUUCUCAAAGGAACUUAUCUUGAUUCUUGAAGCCCCUGUUCUAGCACAAGGUGUUCGAUUUUUGCAACUAGGUCCAGGAGAGUUCUUUUUCACUACUUUAAAGGUCUCAGGAUAUAGUGGCCUUCUCUUAGGAGCUCCUGUGAUUCUCUACGAGAUUAUAGCCUUUGUACUUCCUGGUUUAACAAUGUCAGAAAGAAGAUUCCUGGCACCAAUUGUCCUUGGAUCCUCUGUGCUUUUCUACGCUGGCAUUGUUUUCUCACACUUGGUUCUCACUCCAGCAGCCUUGAAUUUCUUUGUUAAUUAUGCAGAAGGGGCCGUUGAAUCUUUUUGGUCCAUUGAUCAAUACUUCGAAUUUGUGCUCGUACUCAUGUUCAGCACAGGAUUGUCUUUCCAGGUUCCUGUCAUUCAACUGCUUCUCGGACAAACUGGUCUUGUGUCGGGAGAUCAAAUGCUGUCGAUUUGGAGAUACGUGGUGGUAGGUGCUGUCGUUGCUGCUGCAGUGCUCACACCAUCAACUGAUCCCCUUACUCAAAUGCUUCUAGCUGGGCCCCUUUUGGGUCUUUACUUGGGUGGUGCAUGGAUGGUUAAGCUUUCUGGGCGCUGAGCGAUUUGCUCUUCUGUUCUUUGCAUCAAUAUACCAAGAAGUAGUAGAAUAUGAUCAUGCAUAGGAAUCCAAGAUUCAUGUAGCAUAUAAAGGACAUUUGAGUAGAGGAUAUAUGAUCUAUUUUUUGAAUAUCACUUACUAUUGUCACUGCCCAAUGUGUAUAAUUAGGAGCUUAGCUGACACUCCAUUCCCAAAGUCAUUUUGUUGGAUCUUUUCACUAAUAUUUGAAAGAAAAUAGUUAUGGGUUUGCAUGAUA